CGCCCCGGUAUCCGCCCAUAUUCGCUUUAAGGAGGCCAACCUGAGCACUAGGCCGGACGCUGGAUCAAAUGGAAAGUUCAAUCGAUUACAUUUGACCACUUUUUUUUUUGCAUGUUCCCGCUUGCUUCUGAAACGAGGUACACUGACUUAAAUGCGGGCGUUUCGGUGUGAAAUAGGAAAUGCAGAGAUCGUGUGAAACGAGAGGAUUAAUAUCAGCUUGACUUUAUUUGGUCGCUACUUCGGAGGCGGAACUCUACUCGCUAAAAGGUGAAUCAUGACAGAAUAUAAGCUGGUAGUGGUGGGAGCUGGUGGCGUUGGCAAGAGCGCACUUACUAUUCAGCUCAUCCAGAAUCACUUUGUGGAUGAAUAUGACCCCACCAUUGAGGACUCCUACAGAAAGCAGGUAGUGAUCGACGGAGAGACAUGUCUGCUUGACAUCCUGGACACUGCAGGUCAGGAGGAGUACAGCGCCAUGAGGGAUCAGUACAUGAGGACAGGGGAGGGCUUCCUCUGUGUCUUUGCCAUCAACAACACCAAGUCCUUCGAGGACAUUCACCACUAUAGAGAACAGAUUAAGCGGGUGAAGGACUCCGAGGACGUACCGAUGGUGUUGGUGGGGAACAAGUGUGACCUCCCGUCCCGGACAGUGGACACCAAGCAGGCUCAGGACUUAGCGCGCAGCUACGGCAUUCCCUUUAUUGAGACCUCAGCCAAAACCAGACAGGGCGUUGAUGAUGCCUUUUACACAUUAGUGCGAGAAAUCCGAAAGCAUAAGGAGAAGAUGAGCAAGGAGGGAAAAAAGAAGAAAAAGAAGUCCAAGACAAAGUGUACACUUAUGUGAAAAAUCACCCGUUUUAAAGACAGAACACAAAAAAAAGAACUAUGUUGAACAGUUAAAGUAAUACAUUUUGUACAUUACACUAAAUUAUUAGCCUCCUUCUCAAUACCCACCUUACUGAAUACUAAACCUGACCCUGAUUUUUCUGCCUUUCUGUUAUUUCCUACCUGGACACCAAUAAGCUUUUUCAGUUUAGUGCCAGUUGCCCACAUGUGUUGGUCCAACAGCCUGUCUGAUUUUAUAGGAUGAUGUUGAUUUGGAUACUUUUAUAUAACUGCAGAGCUGUGAGCUAAUUGCAUCACAACUCAUGUUUGACAAAUUAUUCAUUAACAAGUUUUUGGUUCCCCCCCCCCCCCUUUUUUUUUGCUUAAAAGGUCAUGACCUGCAAAUGUUCUUAAUGCCCUUAUGGGAUGCCAAAGAAUUAAUUUUCCUCCCAAUUCUCGUAGACAAAACCGUUUUGAAGAAAGGACCAACAUUCAGCCAGAUGAGAUCCAAAUGUCCCAGCCACUGUGUAAUGUCCCCAUCUCUAAUAUGACUUAUGUCACUGAUAAGUAUGCAUGCAAACUCCUACUCUUCUCCAAAUGUUUUAACACCCUAACUAGCCCUAAUUAAUUAAUUUGCAAUAUGUCAAUGCUUUGUAAUGUGUGGGGAGUGAUUUUAUUGCCUACAUGAGAUGUUUGGUUUUCUUUUUAGUUCCCCCUUCUUUUCCCCCUUUUUUUUUUUUUUUUUUUUUUUUUUUUUUUUUGCAUGCAUGCAUUGUGUCCUAGAUGACAUAAGUAUUGCAAAAUGCCUCAGAUUGAUUUAGCAGAGCCAGCAAUGAAGAACUCUGAUCCAAGUGGGCAUCAUACAGUCUAGUUUUUCAGGUUUAUAUAAAGUAAUCAGUGUGAGAAAGAAAUCACCCAUUUUGGCUUGAUUAAUGACAGAUUCAAAGAUCUGGAUUUGUACCCGUUUUGUGAUUACUAAAUGGGACUAGCAGCCAGGUUUUGUGUUGGCCAGAGUCAUUUUAUGUUGCAGGGACUCAUGCCUCAUCACACUCUUGUCGAUAAGCUUGUUUGACCUUACUGGUCGCAUGUUUCCUGCUUUUCUUUACUGUAAGCCUUGACUGCAGGAUUGUGUGGGUGUUAUUUUUUUUUUUUUAAAUGCAUCCCCACAAUAGUCCAUUCAUUGCAACUUGUUACAAAACAAUUAAAGUUCCCCAGUUGUUCAUAUUUAAACAGUACGAGGACCCUUUUUAUCAGCUCAUUAUUCAAUGUUUUUUUAGUUUGGAGUUUAAAUUUGAGGAUUAAUGAUUCUCUUGUAACCGGCCAUAGGUGUCAUGCCUUGCACAUUUUUCCUAAGCUGUUGGCUAAAAAGCAGAAUGCAUCUUUAAAGCAGCUUUCAGGAAUAUUUCUCUUGGUGCAGUGUCACAGAGGUUGUUCAAAAUGUUGUCCAAAUGGAUUUUCAGAUUCUUCCAUUAGCUUUUGAGUUUUUGGAUUAAUUUCCUAAAGUGUUGAAAAUGUUUGGUGGGCUUGCCUUUCAACAGAAAUGAUUGUCCAGCAAAAUAAUUUGUAAUUUUCUGUCACAAAGCUUGUGUGUCGUGGUGAUGUAACUGGAACUGAUCUCUGUAAAUGAGGCAAUAAUUGCCAUAAAAUUGGUUUUUAGAGAAAAUUGUCUGAAUUUACAAAAGUCCUAUUUCUUUCCCAGGUCAACCCUUAUUUCACCUUUUCCAUCAUAUUUACAAGAUGUUCGCCUGGGGAUCUUUAUUUGCCUUUUAUGUUUGCAUUAGGUGCUACAUUUAGACGGCAGAAAGAGCCAAGACAACAUUUACUUUGUCCUGUGUGUGUGUGUGUGCUUAACAAAUACACAAAAUGCUGUUCUAGGGGAGCAAUGUUAUUGACACAGAAAAUCCAGACAUUUUGCUUUCAGGAUUAAUGAAUUUUGACCCAGUUUAUUAUGACCUCUUUUUCAUGAAGUAGAUAAUAACUUAAUGCAAUUUUAAUUAUGGAACCCUCUUGUUAACAAUACUGUUUCAAAAGUAGUUUUACUGAAGUGUUUAAAAUGUUCCUCUUCCUUUUAUUGCGUGCCAACAGCUGAUUUCUGAAAUGUAUCAUUUAUACCUGGAUCAUAUUUUAACAACCUUUGUAUAGUUGUGAUACUGAAAGGUGCAUAUUUUGUAAAUUGUGCUUCAUUUGUUGGUGUGUCUAAAUGAAUGUUGCUUUAAUGGAGUUUCACUCCGUUCUGUGUAUGUGACUAGAGAGUGUGACUGGGUCCAGGUCUAGGGAACUGAAUGAAUGACCACUUUACAACACACCUGUUGUGGGCAGUGUAGAGUGGUGAUCUGAUCUCAAAUGAGUCUAUUUUUUGCCAUGAAUCUCACCACUCCUAUUUAAUGUGUAAUAAAGAACAAAGUAAAGAGGAA